AUGCUGGUGACCUAUUCGUCAAUCUGCGGCUUGGGCGUCACCACCUGGCUGGGCAUCAACUUCAACGCGGCCACCACGCAGAUCGUCCCCUUCCUGUCGCUCGGGCUGGGAAUUGACGACAUGUUUUUGCUGCUUCAUAAUUACGAUGAAAUCAUCAAUACCUGGGAACGCCGGCAACCCUGGUAUACUGUCGGUGGAUUUUUGACCAACGUCUACAUCCCCGGGCUGAAGAAGACUUGGGUCAAAUGCAUCGUCACCGGGCUCACCAUCGCCAUGACGGUGUUCGGGCUGGUCGGAAUGUACAACUCCACCCUCGGCCUCGAGCUGUCCGAUGUGCUGCCCGAACACACGGCCCCAGCCGCCUUCAUGAGGGCUCGCGAAAAGUACUUCUCCUUCUACCCUAU